GCUCAAGCUGCUUUCCCAAAACGCAUUUUUGCCCGGCCAGCUCACGCAGAUUCUGGUGGAGCUUCACAAGGGAGGCGGGCCCGUGGCUCCUCCUAGAUCGAACGUUUCUUAGGCUACAGAUUCUUCACUGCAGGGAGCUUCGCAGCUAUUGGAUGGCUGCAGCAGGCAUGACCAGCAUUGGUGCCGUGUCCCGAGGAUCCUACAUCAGCAGCCGCUCCUUUUCCGCAGCCCGUAACAAUGGUGGCGGUGCACCAGCUGUCGGCACCUCGGCGACAGCUGUCAAGGGCGGUGUCACAGCUUUUCGACGGCCCAAGAACUGCGGCCCAUGCGGGCCUGCAUCAACGAGCGGGCAUGGGUUCACGAGCACAUUUGUCCAGCCGCAGGGGCAGCUGUAUGUCGAGAGGGGUCCGAAGGCGCGCGCAGUCAUGCAGCAGAUGACACCUGGUGGGUGGGAUGUCGACAAGGAUGGGUUCAUGCGGACAGCUGGCGGGCUGCGGGGGGUUCCUGUUGCAGAGCCGCAGACCGCGACCAAAUUGCAUGCGUCGGGGAAUGAGACAGGGGAAGUGUCGCAAGAAACACCGGAGUUUAACCUGGAGCCGGCAUUUGGGGGAGCAAAUAAUACGAACGUGGGAAUGGCUGUCACUAGUUACCGACCAAAGUGGUUCUGGUGGACAAAGAGCCCUGAAGAGGAGAGCAAGGUCGGGAACUGUGCUGUGAACGCAUUCUUGGUUCUGUUUGCGGCUUCGGCGGCGGCGCACAAGAUUCUGACGGUGGAUCAGGAUGUCUGGACGGGGUGGAGCUACUUUGAAAUUCUGAGGCGGGUGCCAGUGGACAACUGGCAUGGUUACCAGCAGAUGCUUCAAACAAACCCCGUCUUUGCCAAGAUGUGCAUCAGUGGUGUUGUAUAUACACUCGGCGAUUGGUCUGCUCAGACUUGUGAGGGCAAGCCGUUCUUGGAGUUUGACCGCCCCCGCAUGAUCCGUUCUGGGCUCGUUGGCUUUUGUUUGCACGGAUCGCUCAGCCACUUCUACUACCAGGCAUUCGAGGCGGUCUUCCCUUUCACUGCCUGGUGGGCUGUCAUCAUCAAGGUCGGUAUCGACCAGACAAUCUGGUCUGGCAUCUGGAACUCGAUCUACUAUGCAACCCUUGGCGCUCUUCGCGCCGAAUCUCCGACGACGAUCUGGCGCGAGCUGCGCGGCACGUUCGUCCCGAUGCUUACGGCCGGCUGGAAGCUCUGGCCGUUUGCGCACCUCAUAACUUAUGGGGUGGUUCCUGUGGAGCACCGGCUCCUAUGGGUGGAUAUGGUGGAGCUCGUAUGGGUUACCAUGCUCUCCAUGAUCUCGAAUGAGAAGCAAGAGAAGCGUGCAGAAGAAACUACUGCCAUCGUUCAAGCGAUCGUUGAGCAAGGCGGCACUGAGGAGCAGGCCCAGGCCGUGAUUGCAAUGGUCACGGAGAGGCAGGAGAUAGAGCAACUAGAGACGCUACAGUUUGAGCUGGACAAUUUGCAGCACUUGGAAGACCGAACGGAAUUGGAGGAGAAAGUUCACCAGCUAGAGGAGAAGAUUGGCGCUAAGUGAGGGGGCUUUCGCGAAAAUUACUGAGAAGAGAAUGUUAUUGUCGAGAGCUGAGGAGAGUUGUUACUUCUUCGUCGAACAGAGGAGUCUGGAGCUUGUUAUCAGGAGUUACCGGGCAGAGAAUGUGACGAGAGCAUAGAGUUGGAGAUAUGGGCGGAACUGGGGUUGGUCUGAAAAACGGAAGGGUUGAAGGUACCUCCCAAGAUCAGGGGGUUGGGGGAGGAUGAGUGGAAGGUGGAAGGAAGGGAAGCUUUAACUGCUCUCUCGAAGGUGGUGGAGGGUGAGGAUUUGAAAUGGAGGGGCGGUGCGCCUGUCUCCCCUUGAAUCUGAACAGACACGACUUGGAGCCUUAUAUAUAGAAUCCUAGUCGGGGCUCUCAGUACAUACAUAAGCUUAGACUUACGCGCGCUUUUAGGACAUUUGCAGGCACGUGCUCCCUUUGCACAUUGCAGAAGGUAGCUUUACAGAAAGGUAUAAAGUGGAUCGAGUCAGAUAAGUGACUGUGUGACGGUUUUGGGGACAGUCACUGAAAAGCUUAAACCCAGACUUUUGUGAGAAGUUUGAUCAUUAGGACUUGCCUUACUUUUCCAAAUCAUCACUAGGCUUAGUUCUAUGUAGGAAGCUUCCUCCCUGCGUUUGUAGUUGAAAUCAAGAGCUAUUUGGCUCUUUCUGCACUUGCAUAUUUGUUUUUCUGCUUUUGUUGUGUGAUUAUUGCACGCC